AUGAAAAGCUUUUGUCUUGCCUUUGUGGCGGUUUUACCCUGUCUACUGCUGGUGCCUCAAGGCGGAGAGAGUGCAGGAGGCAUAUUGUCUCUCCAUCACCCCCCUGAGGGCAGCAGGACGGCGGAGCAACUUCCAGACAACGCCCCUCAAAUUGACCUACAUCUGGACAGUGACUCAGACCCGCUUGAGACAGUCAGAGUGAGACGAGCACCAGAGGAAGGCAAGAAAAAGAAAAAGGACAAGAAAAACAAAAAUAAAGACCCAGAGAAGAAGAGAGGCAAGAAGAAAGAAAAGACCACUACCACCGAGCCCCCGACCACAACAGCUUUUCCAACGGAGCCGCCCACGCAGCCAGAACCCUACACCGACUACCCCUACCCCGACCCUGACAGUGACUAUUGGAAACCAGAUGAUGACUACUGGGGGGCUGACACAACCCCAUCCCGACCGCAGACUGAGGCCCCGAUCACAGACGCCCCAUACGACCAGUGGAGGCCAGAGGAGGACAACCAGAGCCCAGACCCAGACCAGUGGAGGCCAGAGGAGGACAACCAGAGCCCAGACCCAGACCAGUGGAGGCCAGAGGAGGAUAACCAGGGCCCAGAGCCAGAGCAAACUGUGACUGACGGAUAUGAUGACUACUGGAAACCUGAUGAGACUGACACAUACGCUCAAGUGACGGACAGUUACUACUCCUGGAAAGAGCCGGCACCCACUACUGCUGCCCCUGAGCUGGACGGGAAGACCGGCAUCGAUGACAGCGACUACUGGGAUGCAACAUUUGAGGAUCCUGAUCAACUUCCAGAUGUCAAAGAGAGCAGCCCUGAAAUAAAAGUUGAAACUCUACCAGAGGAGCCCACCCCCACUCCAAAUGGAGGGAGCUGGUAUGACGACUAUGACGACUAUGGCAUGAGGAAAAAGGAGACAGACAGUGAGACAGACUCAAACUGGAUGGAAAAAGAGCGAGAGCAAGCGGAGAAGGAGAGAGCGCGGGAGGAAAAGGAACGAGAAAAGAAACUGAAGGAAGCACAGGAGCGUUCCAGAAACAGACCACGGAUCUACAAAGAGCCAAAAAAAUGUCCUCCCUUGGGGAUGGAGUCUCACAGGGUUGAGCCGGACCAGCUCUCGGCCUCCUCUGUGUCCCAGUAUAGGUUCUCUCCUCAGAGGGCCCGUCUCAACAUGCAGGGCUCUGAUGAUGAGGACAGCAUGAGAGGCGGAGCUUGGUGCGCAAACACGGAUGAUCGAACGCACUGGUUUGAAAUUGAUGCUCGAAGAGAAACAGAGUUUACUGGUGUCAUAACACAGGGCCGUGCCUCUGGAAAUGAGAGUGACUUUGUGACAUCAUACUUCAUAGCCUUCAGCAAUGACAGCAGAGAAUGGACCACAAUCCAUGACGGAUAUGACGACUGGUUAUUCUUUUCAAAUAAUGAUAAGGACACUCCAGUGAUGAACCGUCUGGCUGAACCAGUAUUGGCCCGUUACAUCCGCAUCAUUCCUCAAAGCUGGAAUGGGUCUCUAUGUAUGCGGCUGGAGGUCCUGGGCUGUCCUGUGCUGGAUCCAGCAAAUGUUCAGUACAGGCAAAAUGAAGUGACUCCAGUAGACUACCUUAAAUUCAAACAUCACGACUACUCAGACAUGGUUGUUCUGAUGAAGUCUGUUCAUGACGAGUGUCCAAACAUAACCAGCAUCUACAGUCUUGGCCACAGCUCCAAUGGAUUGGACAUCAUUGCUAUGGUCAUCUCAGGAAAUCCCACAGAACAUGAAAUAGGUGAGCCCGAGGUGCGGUUCACGGCAGGUCUCCAUGGAAACGAGGCCGUGGGCAGAGAGCUGCUGCUGUUGUUGAUGCAAUACCUGUGCAAAGAAUACAAAGACCGAAACCCCAGAAUCCAGCACCUUGUGGAGGGGAUCCGACUCCACCUGGUGCCCUCCCUCAAUCCGGACGGACAGGAGACAGCUUUUGAAACGGGAUCAGAGCUGAGUGGAUGGACCACAGGGCACUUCACGGAAGGAGAUUUUGACAUUUUUGAAAACUUUCCAGAUUUAAACACAAUCUUAUGGGACGCUGAAGACAAAGGCCUUGUGCCAAAACUGAUGCCAAACCAUCACAUACCUAUUCCAGAAAACAUGGAGGCCAACAGCUCGUUUGCCGUGGAGACCAGGGCCAUAAUCUCGUGGAUGAGAAGCUAUCCAUUUGUGCUGGGAGCAAAUUUCCAAGGCGGAGAGACAAUUGUGGCCUAUCCUUAUGAUAACUUACGCAUGAACAAACCUGCUGAGAGCCAGAGGGCGCACAGCCGCAAGAAGAGACAGUAUGAGGAAGAAGAAGAGCACUUUGAUGGGAACGGAUGGGGAAGAGGGUACCAGGAGGAGCCAGAGGAGGAGUGGAGAGGAAGAGGGUACGCCGAGCCAGAGGAGGAGUGGCACGGGCAUGGAUAUGAACAAGAGCGUGGAUAUGACACCGAGCGCAGAUAUGGACAAGAGCGUGGAUAUGACACAGAGCGCAGAUAUGAACAAGAGCGUGGGUAUGACACAGAGCGCAGAUAUGAACAAGAGCGCGGAUACGACACGGAGCGCAGAUAUGAACAAGAGCGCGGAUACGAACAAGAGCGUGGGUAUGAGCAUGGAUACGACCCGAGCCAGGGCUACAGACAAGGCGAGGAGGACGAAGAGGAGAGGAGGAGAGGAGGAGGAGAAGGAGGCGGAUAUGAGUACCCAGAACCCGAUGAGCCCCGGACGACCGCAGAUGAGUCCCUGUUCAGAUGGCUGGCCGUGUCCUAUGCCUCCACCCACCUUACCAUGACACACAACUACCACGGGUCCUGCCACGGGGACACUGCAGCUGGGGGCUACGGCAUCGUCAACAGAGCCAAGUGGAAGCCUAUCACAGGAAGCAUGAAUGACUUCAGUUAUCUUCACACCAACUGUUUUGAGCUGUCCAUUUUCCUGGGUUGCGAUAAGUUCCCACAUGAGAUGGAACUGAUGCAAGAGUGGGAGAAAAACAGAGAAGCAAUGCUCAUCUUUUUGGAGCAGGUACACCGUGGAAUAAGGGGCAUUGUUAAAGAUGAACAGGGGAACCCGAUUGGAAAUGCAACUAUUUCUGUGGAGGGAGUGAACCAUGAUGUCACCACAGCACCAACAGGGGACUACUGGCGGUUGCUGAACCCGGGUGAAUAUCGCGUGACGGCCCGGGCGGAGGGUUUCACUCCAAAGACUCUGCUGUGUGUGGUUGGAUACCAGCCCGGGGCAACAGCCUGCAGCUUCAACCUCGCCAAGUCCAACUGGGACCGAAUUAAACAGAUCAUGGCUCUUCAUGGAAAUAAACCAAUCCGCCUGGUCACGCAUGAUAACACCAGAACCGCCGUAGUCCGUGGGAACAGGAUCCAUGGGAACAGAGGAGUAAACAUUUCGAACCCAGAGCGUCUGCGGAAGAUCAGGAUCGCGCGCCUGCGCCGCCUGCGCAGACAGAGGCUCCUGAGGCUGAGGGCCACCACAACCACGUUACCUCCAACUACCACAACCACAAUCCCCACAACUCCUGAGACAACCACUUCCUGGUACGACUCGUGGAUGGUCGAAGGACAGUCUUCCACCCCUGGAGGCUUUACAGACUCCAUUCUGGAUUAUAACUACGAGUACAAGAUUGAUGCCUAUUAA